AUUCACUGUAUAUCGCUCACUCAAGAGGCGAAAGAGAAAGAACAUGUCAUCGAAUUGUUUGAGAAAUCAAAAUCUCCUAUUAGCCGGAUUAUCAUUUAUGGGCGAAGAUUUAAGCGAUUUUAAUACGUUAGAAGAAGAAAUAAAGGAAAUAUCUAUAUAUAAAAGUCCAAUAUCCAUCCUAACGGAAUAUUCUCAAUGUACGAAUAAACCUGUUGAUUACAUCGAAAUGGACAGCUUUUCAUCAACAUGGUUAGAUUUACAAUAAUUCUUUAAUUAUAUUUUAAAGUAGAAACUUUUUAUAGCAAAAUAAAUAAUUUCAUUUUUUCCUCCUUGCUCUCUCUCUCUCGCUCCCGCUCUUUCGCUCUCUUCCUCCUCUCCAUAUAGCUAUAUUUACUGCGUUAAAAUAGAGUCUAGAUUCUAUCGAAAAGUUAAAGCGUCAACAAAAAAAGACGCUAAACAAGGUGCAGCGUUGUUAGCUUGGAAAAGAAUUAUUCGAGAUCUAAUGGAUGAGAUAGAAGAUAGGAAGAGAGAAUGCAACUUUGAAGAAGCAAUUGUGUGCGAAAUUCAUAAGAAAUUCUUGGAAAUGUGCAUUGUAAAUCCGAAUAUAAGCUUUGGUAAAAAGGUCGUUGCCGGCUUCUAUCUAAAGGGAAAGAAUAGCGAAGGAUCAGUCAUAAGUAUUGGUACGGGUAAUAAAUGCAUUUCGUCGCAAUAUCUUACAUUAAAAGGUGAGUGUCUAUUGGAUACACACGCCGAAAUAAUAGCCAGAAGAGGAUUAAAAAGAUAUUUCAUGGAAGAAAUUGAUAAUUUUUACAAGAAUAAACCGUCGAUUUUCGUUGAAGAAGGCGCAAAUCUAAAGAUGAACAAUAAUUAUUCAAUUCACCUUUACAUUUCGUGCGCGCCUUGCGGCGAUUCGGCAAUAUUUCCGAAUGGUUGUAGUUAUGAUCCUAAGGUUCACGGACUGCUAAGAACAAAAAUUGAAGCAGGAGAAGGCGCCGUUUUAAUAGAAGAAAAUUAUCAACAAUCGCUAUUGUCUUUAAAAUUGGGAAAACGUCUAAGAAUUAUGAGUUGUUCAGAUAAAAUAUGUAGAUGGCUUAAUAUUGGCUUACAAGGCUCAUUGUUGUCUCAUUUUCUUCGACCAGUUUACUUGGAGUCGAUUAUCGUUGGCGAAAAAUACUAUCCGGAACAUUUAAAUAGAGCUUUAAAUGGUCGUAACUUUACAAAUUCCAAUUCUAUUAGAAUUCAUCAUACGGAUAUACAAGUACCAUUUUAUUAUUCUCGUUUAACGCAUAUAUCAGUAAACUGGUAUAAAACAUCUGAUUGUAUUGAAAUAAUAGACAGUCAAAGUGGUCUAGCAGUUGAUAAACAAUCUUCAAGGUUAUCUAAAUGCCAAAUAUUUAAGCGUUUUAGUCAAGUUUGCGAAGAUUCGAAUAGGCAAAAGGUGUUGGGUGAAACUUAUAAAGAUACAAAGGACAAUUGCCUCUCUUAUUCUUUAGCUAAAAAAUUUCUCUACGAUAAAUUUGUAGAAAAUCGAUGUGGUACAUGGGUUCACGCUCCUUCUGAACUGUCAAUUUUCGCCUUAGAAUAG